AUUGGUUUCAUAAACUUGGAGGUUUUGUUGGGAGAAAUCCAUGGUGGUUUCUACUUGUCCCUUUGUUCAUCUCUGCGGGGCUUGGGGCAGGAUUUUACUUCCUUGAAGAGAGAGAGGCGCAUGGCAUAGAGGACCAGUUUUUCCAAAGGACGGGCCUGCAAAACAGGAGAGACAUUUUGUCAAAGAACAUUUUCCUCAGAAUGAUUCAGAGUUCUCUCGUUUGCGGCUGUAUAACGAGGGGAGCUAUGGGUCUUUCAUCGCUGUUUCAAAGUCAUCCGAUAUCUUGAGUGAGAAGGCAUUUGAGGAGAUCAUAUAUUUAGAUGGAACUGUUAGAGAGAUGGUAGGCCAAAAAGGAAAAACCUAUGAAAAACUUUGUGCCAUGAAAGGUAACAGGUGCUUUUCAAAUGACCUGUUAGAUAUCAUUAAUGGCACAGCUAGUACAAUUAAGAAGGCAAACUUGACCUUUCCUUAUCAUAAUUCAACAUCAAACACCAUCUUUUUGGGGACAGAACUUGGUGGAGUAGUUUUGAAUUCAAGUAUCAUCGUUAGUGCAAAGGCUGUUCGACUCUUCUACUUUCUCAGAGAAAACAACGAGGCAGAAAAUGAUGAUUGGCUACAUGGGUUUACUCAAGUGUUUUCCAACUUGUCAGAUGAAUUGAAUAAGCGGCAGAUUCAAGUUUCACACUUCACAUCUAAUUCUAGAGAGGAGGAGUUUAAGGAAAACUCCAAAUCUGUGAUUCCUCUCUUCUCCGUCACAUACUUCCUGGCCAUAAGUUUUUCAAUUAUAUCUUGCUUGAGGUUGGACUGUGUGAGGAACAAGGUGUGGGUGGCCAUCUUUGGUGCUCUAUCUGCAGGCCUAGCUGUGCUGUCCAGUUUCGGGUUGUUGCUGCUCUGUGGAAUGCCCUUUGCCAUGACUGUUGCAACGGCUCCUUUCUUAAUACUGGGAAUUGGUGUUGACGACAUGUUCAUCAUGAUUUCCUGCUGGCAGCAGACUCAAGUUCAUGACAACGUAGAGGACCGUAUGGCAGCUACAUACAAAGAGGCAGCUGUCUCUAUCACCAUCACAACACUAACUGAUGCCCUGGCCUUCUAUAUUGGUCUGUUAACUCCCUUUCGUUCUGUACAAUCCUUUUGUAUGUAUACUGGCACAGCUGUCCUGUUCUGUUACUUGUACAAUAUUACCUUCUUUGGUGCAUUUAUGGCAUUGAAUGGGAGUCGUGAAAAGGGUAACAGACACUGGCUGACAUGCAUGAAGGUUCCAGAACCAGAGGAUAGUCCUGAAAAGUACAAUAUCUGCUGUGUAGGAGGAGCUUAUGACCAGGAAACGGGAAAAGAGGAAGUUAUGCCCAUUAACAACUUCUUUAAGAUGUACUAUGGGCCAUUUCUAACAAAUACUUGGACCAAGGUGUUUGUGAUCCUGCUCUAUGCUGGAUAUUUGGGCUCAAGUAUCUAUGGUUGCUUCCAAAUACAAGAAGGCAUAGACCUUAAAAACCUAGCAGCUGAUAGCUCAUAUGUGGGUAGCUAUUACGAUAAUGAGGACCAAUACUUUUCAGAGUAUGGUCCAAAUGUUAUGGUUGUUCUGACUGACAGUAAGUUUCAAUAUUGGGACCAAACUGCUCGAAAGCGUCUUCAUACUUGUCUUGAACGUUUUGAGAGUCUAACGUUGGAUGGUCGAUCAUUGGUUGCUAAAGAUAUGACUCUUUCUUGGCUUAAUGAAUAUGUGAAAGUUAUAAAUCCAAAUAACAAAACCAUUUUCAUGGAUAGUUUACCUGCAUUUUUACAACGAUCAGACUUCAGACAAGAUGUGAAUAUUUCAAACAAAGUCAUAAUUGCCUCGCGAAUGUUUAUUCAGACAAUCAACGUCAGUACAGCUGUUGAUGAAAAGAACAUGUUGAAUAAGCUUCGAGAGACGGCUAAUGGUUGUUCAGAAAAGUUGGUUGUUUACCACCCAGCUUUCAUAUACUUUGACCAGUAUGCAGUCAUUGUUAGUAAUACCAUCCAAAACAUUGUAGUCGCCACUCUUGCCAUGCUGGUGAUCUCCCUCAUGUUGAUCCCCAACCCCAUAUGUUCUCUGUGGGUGACCUUUGCUAUUGCCUCUGUCAUAGUGGGUGUUGCUGGUUUCAUGGCAUUAUGGGAUGUCAAUCUAGACUCUGUAUCCAUGAUCAAUCUUGUCAUCUGCAUUGGUUUCUCAGUGGAUUUUUCUGCUCACAUUUCCUAUGCUUUUGUCUCUAGCAAAGAGGUCACUGCUAAUAAGAAGGCUGUAGAUGCUGUCUAUCACUUGGGGUAUCCCAUCAUACAGGGAGCUGUGUCUACUAUUUUAGGAGUGGUGGUGCUGUCUGCUGCUGAGAGCUACAUCUUCAGAACCUUCUUUAAGAUCAUGUUCUUGGUCAUUUUGUUUGGGGUACUUCAUGGCAUUGUUUUCAUCCCUGUUUUUCUGACCUUCUUUGGCAUAUGCAAUUUUAAUUGACCAAGAUUCACACAGAACACACUAAUCGUGGUUGAAAGAGUUGGUAGAAUAGUAGUUAAAUUGUUUUAAUGAACUGACUUUUUCGCUUACUUCUAAUCUUGUGAUUAUUGCAUACUUUGCUUUUAUGGUGUCAAAAUAUGUAUUUUUAUGAGUCAUCUUUUAGUUUUUAUGUUUUUUGAAUCAUUUUAUAAAUAGUUUGUAAUGUAAAUGCUGUGUUGAUUGUUACUACAGUGUGCUUAUAUUUAUCUUUGUCGUAAUUGUGUUUUAAAAAACGAAUAAAAUUAUCUUAA